UAGUACUUAGCUUUGUCUACAUCACAUGUUUUUGACAUAUUUUUGGUCAUAUUAAUUGACGGUCGUCCCUUGUUUACGUUGUACAUUAGUGGAAUUUAAAGAAAGUUUAAAUUUGAUAUCAAAUAGUCAAAAUUCUUUCUAUAAAACUGAAUAAGUGCAAGAAAAAAUGGAGUUAGCCAUUUUAAAGGGUCCCAGCGAACUUUUAGCAUCCCGAGUGAAAGCUUUCAAAAAUUGCCUCGCCUUGGCCACUGAAUGUCUGUCAAAUAAAGAUUACUCACACGCUGAAAUGAUCUACGGGGGUAUUUUGGCUGAUUUGCAUAAAGACUGCAUUGUUGAAGUUUUGAAUUUGAAUGAUCUUGAGCUUUUCUCCUUGCAUAUUUGCUUUGCUUAUUCCUCCGUUGGAGCUAACUACAAAUCUGAACAAGCUUUGACCAUUUUGAACUCUAUACACGAUCCUAUAAAGCUUCCAUUAGUGCCUUAUCUAAAAGCGUUUAUUCAUAUCUCACAUGAUAGAGUGUCGUUUGCCCAUGACGAAUUGCAGUUUUGCAAUAAUUUGUUAAAAGAUGGUUACAAUUUCAAGUCUAAUAGUAUUUUGAAUGAAAAAAUUGUACCUGAAAUAAAUGAUGAAUUUUUGAAGUUGAAAAUAAAUGGAAUAAAUUUUAUUUGUGAUUUAUUGUCGGUUAAGGAAGAUAACGAUGAAUUGAAGAAAUGUUUUAAAGAUACUGGGUUGAAAAUUGGUACUCUUUGUGAAUCAGAUUUUGCAACUUUAAUCAAGGGUACGAAAGAAAGCCCAAAAGAGGAAAAAGUCACAAAGAAAACCAAAAAACAAACUGGGGCAAUCAAGAAAACCGAGAAAUCAGUUCAAAAUAAUAAAAGUCCUUUCACGAACAUGUCUACUCAGACAGUGUCCCAAAAAGGGAUAAACGUUUCUGUCCAAACAAUGGAAAAAGACACCGAUAAACAACUAUUGGCAGCUGUACUUGAAAUUAAAAAUAGAAUGAACAAUAUACAAAACAAAAAAGAUAACGAAAUAAAGCAACUCCAGAAGAAAAAUAGCGAACUUAACGUAAAACUUCUUGCUAAAAGUAGCACCGUGGAAGAAAAGUCCCCGGAAUUUGAAUUUAUAAAAGGCCAAUAUCUUGCUCUUGAGAAAAAAUUUGAGCAAACUCAAAAACUUAACGAACUUUUGCAAAAAUUGCUCAUUGAACAAAUGCAACAAAGAUAUCAAAUGCAGAAAAAUAUUUAUCAAAUGUUUGAAGAAAAAUGUGCCUAUAAGUUUUCAUACCUGAGUGAUCUUUACCAAUAUUUGUACCCUAGUGACAAACCAACGCCAGAAGAAUGUAAGCAAGAAGCAUUCUUGUGGAAAAAUACACAAGAUAAACUUUCAGAAGCAAAAAAACUAUUUGAGGCGUAUUAUAAAACAGUUGAUGACCUAAUAAUUGCAAAAGAAUAUUCUGAUAUCAAAACAGGCGACUGGCCGGGAAUACCAAAUAUUCCAAAUGAUAUACAGGAUGUUAUUUAUCGGAGUUUUAAGAGUUUGAUUCAGUACAAUAAAAGUAUGUACAGUGUCACACAUCCACAACAAUAUUUGGCUGCAAUGAAUAAUUAUGGGAACUUUAAAGAAUACGUUCGUAAAUCUAACAACUACGCAAAUAACUAUAACAUGUGCAAUCAAGAUGGAAGGACUACAGGAUCCCCCUCGUAUUCGCAAACCCCACCUCCUCCUCCUCCAUCUACUAAUAGAUACCAUCCACCUCCAUCAACCAAUGGAUAUCAACCACAGCCACCUAUCGGUAGAAAACAAGUCUCACCCUCUAGAAAUAAUUCAACUAAUGUGUAUCUCCCACCCCCUUCACCCUCUACAAAUAAUUCAACUAAUGUGUAUCAAUCAGAACAAGAAUUGCUCAAGUUUCUUCAAGUCACUUUUGAUGGCAUUGAGGAAAUCGAAUUACUAGAAGCAAUUUACCAAGUCCGUGACAAGAACGGUGGUAAUCUAAUAGAUUUUCCAAAACAACUGCUAGUUACUGAAAUAAAAAAAGUUUUGAAAAUGAAAAGCGUAAAAAAUGCCUGGAAUAAUGUGUCUCAACCUGUAUGGCACAACGAUCAUAGCGAACACAAAUGUUGUAUUUGUUUUGAAGAUUUUAAUUCUAGCAACAGCCAUAUGCUUUCAUGUCAGCAUGAAUUUCAUAAAAAGUGCAUUAUGAAUUGGCUGAAACGACAAAGUGCGUGUCCAGUGUGUCGAGUCUAUGCUGUUAUUGAUAAAGAGUUCCCUCCAUUGAAACCAUAAAUUUUGUUACAGCAGGAUUUCCAUUGGGUUUUUUCUUUAAUAUUAUUAUCAUUAUCGUUCUUUUGAUGUUAAAAAACUAUGUAGGGUAUUAAUUAGUCCUAAUUUUGGUAGCUAAUAAACAGUAUUUACAAUAAAAGUAUUUUCAGCAUAAA